GGAAAUAGACAACAAUCAGGCAGACCUUGCUAGGCCUACUCGGGUUUUCGUACGUAGUUCAAACAAUAAUUAAACUUCACGUUAGGCUGGGCAUCUCGACCGGUUUAGUCACCAUGUUGCUUAGAUUCUUGUAUCGAUCAUAGCGCAAGACUUCGGAUCAAUUUCAUUCGAUAAGUAUUAAAUAUUCAUCACGCUGCUUGCUUUCAAGCUUUGCACGGCUUACCACUUUCAUCUCAGUGAAUUUGACAACAAACUAGUGGUAGGGUUCAACUAGCCUACCUAGAGAGGCCUAUCAUCUUUUUGUUGGAGUUGCUUUUGCCUAGGCCUAGGUCUGUACAAUGGAGUUUAAUGUGACAUACGUAACAUGAACUCUUGUUUUAGAUGUCGUUUCUACCAAAACCUCACGAAAUAGAAAGCUGAAUGCUAGCCAAUGGCUAGCCAACUUUGCGUUUCUUGCCAAGCUGCAGCAGCCAUAUCAAAAGGUCUUCAAAGUCAGAAAGCCACCUGUGCGACAUGCGGGAGUGACUUAGUUGUUGGACUAUCCGUCCCAGAUUGCAAAAGCGCAAGAGGAGGGCAAGGUAAAGGAAGCAUGCACAAUUCUGGACACGAAAGUUUACAUGGGCUUCCUCCCUUGCAGCUAAAUGCUGGUAGAACGCCUUCCCGAGAACGCGAAAAGGGGAGCAAACGGCGUUUUGGUGGUCUAUCCAAUAUCCUAAACUCCAUCAAAGGAAAGAAUAGUGAAAGUAGCCGCAAGGACGGACACGGUAGCAGUGAACUUCCUCCUAUUGGGCCCGGCCACAGUAUGGUAACGCAGCCUGUUUGUCAACCAGUGAAACCGACAGAGCAACCCGAAGAACCCAACAUUGAGAGUUUUAAGAGUUGCAAACAAUUCAAGGAUGAUCUUCAAAAAUCCAAGUUAUCGGGUGACUACAAAGAAAUGCAACAAUUUUUUGAAACUACGUUUAGUUCUUUUCAAAAUAUCAACUGUACAUUUAAGCGGGAUCCCUUGAAAGAUUACAAGACGCCGGAGGAUUCUGGGAUACACCAAGACUAUGUGAAGGUAGUUUAUGAUUGCCUGUUGAAAUUACCAUCCGAACUGCAGAAAACAUCACUCAAGGCCAUCAUUAACAGUUUACUUAAGGAAAUGAAAAAGCCCAGAGAUAAAAAUGAUUUAAGAGCAUAUCUAAUUCUAUUACAGAAUACACAAUUUAAAAGCUUGUCUACGUACGUGAUAUUUGCGCAUCUCCUACGCCAAACCGCAAACUUGUGUGAUCAGGAUCAUCAUUUUUUGGUCCAUUGGCUCAAGAGACUGCCAACCUCUUCCUUUGCUGGAAUCGUCUCAAGAAUCAUCCAGUUUGUCUCCACCAGGAUUUUACCACAGGAACCUUGUGAUCUUCCACCUCUAGCCAAGUGUUCCUGGUGGAUACCAUCGGCUACUAAAGUGUUGGCUUUACUUAACGCCGCCAACGCACUUUCUUCUCCAAACAAGGUAGCGUACACAAAAUUUUACAUCGAGACGCUUGAUCAAAUUGACUUGAUGAAGGAAUAUUAUGCUUGGCAAAAUCCAUCUAAUUACCACUCAUUCAGUUUGUGUCAGUAUCCAUUUAUGCUAAGUCUUCAAGCGAAAAGAACUAUUCUAAAGAAGGAUUCAGAACAGCAGAUGAUAAUGGUGGCAAGGCGGACUCUGGUGCAGAAGGUUCAGCAACAUCAGAUGCCAGACAUGAACAUGCUAUUCUUGAAUCUCAAAGUUCGAAGGUCACAUCUAGUGUCAGACUCACUUCAUGAGAUUGCUACUAAGAAACAGGACCUGAAGAAAAAGCUGCGGGUAAUGUUCGUUGGUGAACCAGGCUUGGAUUUGGGCGGUUUAACUAAGGAAUGGUUCCUUCUACUCCUCAGAAAAGUGUUCAGAGAAGAAUAUGGUAUGUUCCUUUAUGAUAAGAAGUGUCACUCAUUCUGGUUCAACCCCGCUUGUGUAGACUGUAAUCAGGAGUAUAACUUAGUUGGUGUGCUGAUGGGGUUAGCUGUGUACAAUAGCACCAUCCUAGAUAUAAGGUUUCCACAGUGCACUUAUAAGAAGUUGCUUAGUCCUGCUGUCGUGCCAUUCAACAACCCCCGAGCAGAGGUCGGCAAAUGCCCUUUGAACUUUGAGGAUUUCAAACUUGUGAAACCGGAUUUGGCGAAUGGACUGAAAGAACUCUUAGAAUACGAGGGUAACGUCGAAGAUGACCUCUGCAUGACAUUUCAGAUAUCUGUUCCCUGCUAUGGAUCAGUGCAGACCACUAACCUCAAACCUAAAGGAGAUGAAAUACCAGUUACAAAUGAAAACAGACAAGAAUAUGUACACCUGUAUAUACAGCACAUGCUGAAUGAUGCAAUCUACCGGCAGUUUGCGGCAUUUUACCAUGGUUUUCACAGUGUCUGCGCAUCCAACGCCCUCAUAAUGCUACGAUCUGAGGAAGUGGAAAUGUUAGUUUGUGGCAAUCCGACCCUUGACCUUGAUGCCCUGGAAAGAGUCACCACGUAUGAUGGCUAUGCAAAGACUGAUGCCACCGUUAGAUAUUUUUGGGAAAUUGUGAAAAGUUUUCCUACAAGUCUUCAGAAGAAGUUGGUCCUGUUUACCACCGGAAGUGACAGGAUACCGAUUGGUGGAAUGGGGGAGAUGUCGUUCAAGAUAAUCAAAGUCGCCACGUCAAGUAAUAUGCUACCGAUGGCGCACACUUGCUUCAAUCAACUCAUUUUGCCGCCUUAUAAGAGUAGACGACAAUUGAAACAGAAACUUACAAUCGCUAUCUCUAAUGCAGAAGGCUUUGGUUUGGAGUAGGUGUUUAGAUUAAUAAAAAUUAAUAGAAGCAUCUAUAUUUUGAAAACAGGAAACAUGAUCACCUGUACUUUAAAGAUAAAAAAAAAAUUAAUAGACUGCACUGAAAUUACAUAAAUUACAAAAAAUAUGGAAAACAUUAAAAAUGUAUGUUUUACAGUUUGCCAUCCAAUUGGAGACCACUUUGGCACAUGAAAAUGUGGAGUGGUCUUUGGGGCUUGGUCUCCUAAUAAAAGGUUUGUUUUGAUUUUUGUUGAAAUUAAAGAAUGUUAGCUGGUUCGUGUACUUUGAAAAAGUGGUCUUGAAUUAAAAGGAUCUCGGCAUUGAAGGGUAAACUGUAGUAGGUAUGGAGGCCUACACUUUGUCCUGAGGCAUUGACACUUGAGCCAGGACUUGGACAAUGGCUUACACACAAGGCUUCGAGCUAAUCAGUCAUCAAUUUUCCCUUCGACAAUAGCACUGUGGAAUAGUCUCCCUAACCAUAUAAUAAUUUCUAAUUUCCGUUAAUCAGUUUAAAAAAUGAGUUUUAUCUCAUGUAUCAUAGCUUGUAUUUGUAUGUCUCUAUUUUUAUAAUUGAAGUUUAUUGUUUGUUUGUGUUGGAAGGCCUUUGCUAUUAGCUUAAUGCUAGUUGGUCUUUCCUAGGCCAUUGUAGCUCAAAUUGUCAUAAAUAAAUAAAAUAAAUAAAUAAAAAUAACGUAAUAUGUUGGAAUAGUGAAUUAAACCAAAGAGUAUAGAAUUGCAAGACUGUCCUGAUUUUACAUGCAGGCAAUGAAAUGCAAAAACAAAAUACUACCACAAGAUAUGGGGCGCCCUAUUCAAAUAGCAUUCAAAAUUCGAACAGGCAUCCUUCACAAGCAGCACACGUUCGAUAUGAAUGACUUUUACUUUCUUUUUAAAAACCGCCUCUAAUUAGUGGUCGUACCUUUUGAGAUAGGAUUGCAUUUCAACGAAAAUCUAUUCUGUACUCUUUGAUUGAACCUGAAAUAGGGGCUUAGGCCUGUUGUUAAUAGGGAGAGUACUAGCAGAAAGCUUUUACACCUUGAAUUAGAGCUGUCUCUUGUUGGUAGAGAUGCUCACUUUCCAGUCCUAGGGUCCUUUGUUCAAAUCUUGUAAAACCAAAAUUUUUUCUUAUGACUAAAUCAAUUCUACUCCCUAAUGCGGCCGGUGCGAUUCUGUGUAGAAUGUAGUGCCACGACGAGCACAACGGAUUGUUUUUAAUGACGAUCCGUUUAUACCGCAACCGACAAUCAACAGACGGCUUCAUGUCGUCGAGUUGGAUUCAUUGUACGACUUUCGUACAACAAAGUGAGAGCCCGGCUGAAGACUCAAAAGACUUGGUUUAUAGAAGCGGUCCGGCGCAUCGGUUGUGGCUUGGACUCCCAACCUCAAGGUCAGGGGUUUGAAACUCUUGCUGUGCAAGUCGCUUGCAAGGCACUUUAUUUACGUUUGUCUCUCUCUCUCUACCCAGGAGUAUAAACGGGUACCUGGUAAGAUGUUGAAGCAUUGAAUGUACUAGUUUAGGUAUUAUACUCCCCCAGGGACCAAAGAAACUUGCACUUUGUGUGCUGGUUUGCCAUUGUAUGUUAUCCAAUGACCUGGGGUAAUAACGCUCAACGCCUUUAAUCAUAUAAUUUGGAAUUGGCGCUAUAUAAAUAUUCAAGCAUUGUUAUUAUUAAGCAUUAUUAUAGAGAAUCAGAUUCUGUAAUUGGCGAGUUGCUUGCUGUUAUGUGAGAAGGAACAAAAAUUCGAGGAUUGUACCCUUUACUAAGGGGAGUAUACCUGAGCUAGGUGUAGGGGAGGCUGCAGUGGUUAGAUAUUUGUUGUGGAAAUUUAAGAAAUUAAACAAGCCUUACCUCUAAGGUGAAGGUUGAUGGCAAUUCUACCAGAUCAGCAGCAGUAUUUCGGGUUAUCAUGAUUAGUACGCCCUCUCCGGUAAGCAUGAAGUUUGUUCGCUGCUGAAAGGGUAGAAUUCAAUAUUUUCUAAGCCCAAAGACAGCUGACAUGAGAGUGCGAUUUUCAGGCAUUGAAGUGGCACAACGUAAUUUUUGUUUGCCUUUGCUCCAAACUUGGUGGGCUUAGGUGGAUGUGGCCUAUGUGUCUGGUAAAUGCUGACAUCACUGCUGGCUAUGUUUUCAUCAAAACAAAGAUGAUAUAUAUAGAUAUAUAGAUUGAACAAAUUAUUUUUCUAAAUUCUUAACAGAAAAGCGAAUCUACAAAGAGAGAGGUUUUACUCAAGUGCAAUAUUGUAAAUAUUUUAUAUCUGUUUUCUUGUUUACCUUGAAAUUUUAAAACAAAAAAAAAUACCUUUUUGCAGAUUGUUGCAAAUAUUUGAAUGUUAAAAUUUCUUCUAUUUUCCUUUAAGUUUCUAAACUUUUAAAUAUUUAAUGUUCCAUAACACUUAUUUUUGAAAUGUACACCGUGUUUGUUUCUCACAAAUUAAAUGUUUCAAAAAGUUUAGCUAAAACAAAAACCAAAGUAUUCCAAAUCAAAAUUUAACUGGAAAUUUAAAUGGUGAAAAAUAGUGAUAAAUAUAUUUCAUUUUCGAUAAAUUUAUAUAGUAAAUUGAAUCAUGUAAAAUUAUCAUCGGUAGUUUCUGAAU